AUGGCGCGCAUAGCUGACGGCUGUGUGUACGAAUCUGGUUUGGAGCUCACCGAGACUCAACGGCGUGGGCAACUUUCGUCUCUGUUGUACAGCAAUCAUGGGUUUCGUGCACCCUAUGUUUGUCGGCUGUCGGUUGGGGACUUGAAGGAAUCAUGGAAAAUGUCACCCAGAAUCAGGAUUGUUGCUCCUAGUUCCGGGAUACUGAAGAUGGAGACUUCAGACAAAAAUGGGUAUCAGUUGAUGGAAGCUGCCUACCACAUCGACUUUGAUGGUUGCAUCAACCUAACUACUGGGUGGAAGGAGUUUGUGGCAGAGUCUGGAUUUGAGGAUGGUGAUGUGGUUAUGGUUAUGUUCUUCAGGGAAGAUGAUUCUCUGACGUUCAGAAUUUAUAAGACUGUGCUGGCCGUGGUGAAGCACUCCCUGGAGGUGCUGCUGCUCGUGGUGUCCAACCCUGUUGACGUCCUCGCCAGCCUCGCCUUCAAGAUUUCAGAGUUGGGUUCCAGGCGAGCGGCGUCAUCUGCUCCGGUACCGAUCUCGACGCCUCCUGGUUCUGGUUCCUCAUCAACGACCCCCCGCCAUCAACGCGUAGGACGUCCAGGAUUCCCAGCCCACCCCAGCAUUUCCUUCAACCCCGAACCAGUUUACUGUUGCGCCUCUGCAACCUUACAGGUCGCCACAGUCCAUGCAACAACUGGCAGCAGGGCCUAUUGUCGUCGCCGCGCAUCCCAGGUUCAUCUGCUUGCUGCUGUUUCGGCCAUCGCUGAAACCAAUCAGGAGUUAGUGGCCUCAAAGCACCAAAGUUGGUCGGGCAAUCUAGUGCUUAUCUGCCGGGAUUUUGAAUUGAAUAUCUGUGGAAUUUCUGGUAGCUAUGUGGAUCUAUUGGCUCAGAAAAUUGAUACCCCAGUAUCUACAAUUUGUGGCCAUGUAGGGUAUGAUAUAAAUCUCAGAUUUGCUUGUUUAAUUGUCACAAUUGUUAGAUUGUUAAUGGCUUCAUGUGCAGCUCAAGCAUCUCUCCUUCAUCAGGUAAAAUGUCAGCCUGAAAAUCGUCUAGGCAGCUGGCUACAUCCCCAAGAGGUCCAAUUGCAGAUGUUCAAGCUGGAGGAUGUUCUGCAAUGAGAUGUGGAAUGAAGCCUUUGAUGUCAAAGUACGAGAACGAUGCAAGGAUGUUGGUGGAAGGCUGUGAGGAUGGGUAUGUAGUUGCCCACUACAAGGAGCCAAGGCAGAUGAUGUGCCUCUUAGAAAAAUUCCAGUAAACAACACUAUGAAUUUUUGCUCUCAGACAAUGAACCACAAUGUCUCCUCUAUUUCGUUAGUUACAUCAGUUUAUAGGAAACUUGGAUGGUCAUUUGGUUCAUGACAUAUGCACUAUUUAUAUGUGAAAAAUUAAUGGACGUGUGUUAUUAA